CCAUAUAGUCUGGGGAAGUUCGAUAUGUAUCGUUGGAGAACAGCAGGCUUAAAUACCUGUACCAGGCAGAAGCAUUUGGCUAUUGCUUCGAAAGUUUAGUACAUUUGGCGGUAUCAAAUUCUAUGAAUCGGAACUAAAUUUUGAAGCUAGUUGCGACAAAAAAUUCUAUGGCGGGAGAAUGAAUAAUAUGCACUUAGCCUCUUAGGAAUAACCGCGGGACUAAUGUCUCGGACAAUAAAAUAGAAUAUUUAUCAUUAUUUUAAUUUCAACAUAGAAUAUGCGUAACAGUGGGACCUAUGACAAUGAGGAUUCUUAUGAAAGCGAUAAUUUUUGUUCUUAACUGCAGCUUUAUUUUAUCAAUACUGGACACACAGGCCAUGGCUGAAGGCACCAGCAAUAAACCUUGUGGAGACAGCAGUACUUGUCCAGAAGACAUUUCUAAAUUACUGGACAGUUUCUUGGAGGAUUACGACAGCCGAAUAAGACCGGGAUUCGAAGAUGGUCCAACAAAAGUAUACACCUAUUUUCAUGUUACUGGAUUUGGACCUGUUUCCGAAACGGACAUGGAAUAUACGCUUGAUAUGUUUUUCAGACAAAGAUGGAGGGACGAAAGAGUUGCUUUCAAGCAUGCAAACAUUAGCGAACUGAAACUUAACAAUAUGAUGGCUCAAAAAUUAUGGACCCCGGAUACAUUCUUUCGAAAUGGGAAGAAAUCCAUUGCUCACAAUAUAACUGUUCCUAAUCGUCUUCUUCGUAUUGACCCAGAAGGCAAUAUCCUAUACACAAUGAGAUUGACAAUAAAAGCAAGGUGUCCGAUGCAAUUGAUUGACUUUCCGAUGGACGUUCAUACGUGUGUUCUACUCUUUGGAAGUUAUGGAUUUACUUCGGACCAAGUACAGUUUUAUUGGUAUGAAGAAAAUAGCACGACACCAGUAGAUGUUCCUGAAACAUCUUCGCGGCUAAAUCAAUUUUCGUUGCUAGGACAUUCUUGGGACUCACAUACUAUUAGAACCACUACAGGUGACUUCUCUGUACUUCAGACAAAAUUUCACCUACGUAGAGAAAUGGGAUAUUUUGUUGUUCAGACUUAUCUACCGUGCAUCCUGAUUGUGAUUCUAUCGCAGGUAUCUUUUUGGAUCAAUAAGGAAGCUGUACCAGCUCGAACUGUAUCUGGAAUUAUGACAGUUCUCAAUUUAACUACUCUGAGUAUCAGUACAAGACAAUCAUUCCCCAAAGUAUCGUAUGCAACAGCGUUGGAUUGGUAUAUCUCCGUUUGCUUUGCGUUUUGUUUUGCCGCCUUGAUUGAGUUUGCUUCAGUGAAUUACUUCGAAAGAAGAAACAAAGAACGAAGAAAAAGAUUGCCUGCGUUUGAUAGAGACAGAAUACAACCUGAAAUAUUCCAGACUUCACCGUUGAGAAAAAGAUACAUUCCCUUGAAACGUGGUACGGGAACGACCGAUGUCAGCGUAGUUGAUUUGUACAAAAUAAUAGCCGGACAACCAGUCAAUGAGAAUCAAAGUUUUAUGUAUUAUAUUCACUCCAUUGGGUCAUACUUUGUACCAGACUACUUUCAAAAUUCUGGCCACUUGAAAAAUACUGCAGGUAAAGGAAGGUACGACGUAGACGCAGCGCAGAAACUUUUAGAGGCAAUCAGUCCCCAUAUACGAGAAGCGGCAAAUGCAGAAGGAAAUGUAAGCAAUAUCGACCGAAUAUCACGAGUUGCGUUUCCACUUGCUUUCUUUGUCUUCAACAUCGUGUAUUGGUACGUUUACCUUUCCCAUCGAUCUCACGAGGUGUCGCAAAGAAGUAGUGGAGCUCAAUAAUGCAAUUUUAGAAUUAUGCUGCGGUUUGAAAAUGGAAUAUGAAUGACUCUUCGUCAAUGGUUAAUGCGAACUCCUUGAUAUACACAAUAUUUACUUGUACAAAAUUGUGGCAAUUGGUUUCGCCUACCAGAGAAGUUGGUGCCAAGUGUUGGGCUCUUUCUACGCCAAAAUCAAAGUACCAACAAAUCUAGAAGUCUGUGACAAAAUUGAAAAUAUAGAGCACGGACGCAGCAAUAGUUUGAUCGUAGAAAGACGGAUGGAAUAAGCAAUUACAUGCUGCAUAAUCUUCAAUAUUAAUUACCAAAAUAUGUUUCUUCGGUUUUAUUAUGUCUUGGAUUUACAUAUCACAUUACAUUUCGUAAUAUCAAAUCUUGGGAAUCUUGUUGAAAGUGUUUGCUUAAAAUUCGAUUCCGUAUUGUAUGCUGAAAAUUGUUUCGUUGAAAUACUACACCUUCUAUUAGUGCUGGUAACGCACCCUGGCUAUGGUGGGUAUAUCCGCACUUUAUGUGAGACGAUUAGGUGCGCUGUCACGAAUCACCCACCGUAAGUCCACAUUCUUCAGCGUCAGUCAGUUAUUGUCGGAACCACCCGGGCUUGAGGGCGUCGCUAAUGAAUACUCCCCUAUUCUGGAUAACACAAGAGUUUCCGAUGUACCGUAUGUCUGUGCAUCCAAUCAUAUGCUGUAGAGCAGUGUUUAACAAAGUCUUCCGAGUGUUCCGCGGAAAGGAUAUCAAAAUUACGACUAAAUUGGUCGCCAUAUAGCGAUCACAGGAUCCCGAAGUUGUCGCCCAACUUGCGGUCGUUCAAAAUCGCUUCACCGUCGUUCUAAAGAGGACUAACUUUUUGAGGGUAUUGUGAUUUUUGUUAACCGUCGGCCUAGCUUUCAAGUUCAUUAUCAAGUUUACAGCAAUCUUUUUGGUUUUGCAAAAGACAAACAUGUAGGCCCAAAGAAAAAAGGCAAACGGGUCUUCUCUCUCCAUCUCUGCCUGGUUUUACUUUGAAAUGCUCAUGUUAAAUAACUGCUUGCUUCAAACUAACUCAUGUUAGCUAAACUCGAUUUAGCAUACAAAUGAACAAACUGCAGCUCGUGAAAUUGCAGUUAGUACUUCUAUCUCUAUUGCUACGUAACAUUGGAGGCAAACAGUACGUAAUAGAAAGUAAACGACAUAGAAAGGCGAAAUGAACCUACUGAUUCAUAUACACAGCAUUUAAAAUAAGAAACGAUAAAACAUUUGUGGUAAAUGCAAUAUGUUACAUAUUCAAUCAUAUUUUAAUUAUGUUUGACAAUUCUGUUAGUUUUCGAGGAGCAUUUGGCUACACUAGUGCGCCGUGGUGCAAACUUUGGGGAACGCUGCAUUACACCAUUUUUCUCUAUCAAUUUUACACUUUCAGUUUUUUAGUGUUUCGCGAGGCGGGAUAAAAAGUCUAAGUGGUCCGUGGCCAAAAAAGUUUGGUAAACGUCGCUGUAGAGUAUAAAUGAUUCUUACUGUGUGCACGACAUGCAAUACUGAGAAAGACUUUUGAUCAUGCAAAACGUUUUCUCAUAUUUACUUUCAGGUUGCAGUACGUAGGCUACCCGUAGGAAUUUGUAUUUGCGAUUCAAAUGCAUAGUUGUGGCGUGUCACGUGACUCACCACUAACGUUUUAUUAAAAAUCCUGAAUUAACUGCAUAGUAAAAUGCAUUUUAACAUGUCCCUUAAUUCAAGAAUCUUGCUGCACACCC